GAGCGUGCUGCCUCUCGUGCUUCAACAGGUCUUCAGUGGAACAUUUUCAGCUCAGCACAACCGCAGGGGAUAGACCAAGGGACAGCUGGGGCAGACCGUCAUGGCUGUGCACAGAGAGAGACGGAGAGGCACAGAAAUGACAUGGCCGUCAUAAACAAAGUGACCGGACUUCAUGGUUCCUUUUCAGUCGGUUGAUUAAUUUGGUUCCUCUAAGCUUGUACAUGUUGUUGCUUCACAACAUGCACCCCAGAGCCAAGUCCCGGAGCUGUGACAACUACCUGAGCAUAAAGGACUCAGAAUCCUUGGACAGCUGUAUUCAGAGCACCCUCUCGGCUCUGUACCCUCCCUUCAGUGCGACUGCCGCCACAGUCCUCUGGCAGCUGUUCAGCGUGGUGGAGCGGCAGUACCGGGGCGACGGCCUCCGCUGCCUCAUCGACUUCCUGCUGCCCGCCAAGAGGAUCCUCCAGAGCAUCCAGCAAGAAACAUGCGUGCGGUUUAAAGGCCUGCUUUUCUACCACGAGGGUUGGCCGUUGUGCAUUCAUGAGAAGGUGGUGCUCCAGCUCGCCCCCCUGCACAAAGUGCGACUGAAACAGGGCGACUUCUACCUCCAGGUGGUUCCACUGGGUCGGAAGUCCGCUAAGCUGGUGAUAAAAUGCCUGUCGGGCAGCGGGCAGGCCAUCGCCGAGGUCCCUGUGGAGGAGAGCAUGUACGGCAGCGUCUUCACGGCUGACUUCCUGCAGAAUGUGACACGCGACCGCAACCUGCACCCUCUGCAAAACUGCCUGCUGACCACCGGGACGGUCGUGUACCGCACGCCCUGGAAGAAUAUCGUCAAUCCUCUGUUUGUCACCAGCACCGCGGACGCCAUCAUGCAGGCUCGCCGGGGCGGGGCCUUCCGGGGCCAGCUGGCCACCUGCAGCACCAGCGGCUCCACGGGAACCCUGGACAGCCAUCGCAGCUCCCGCGAGUCGCUGCACUCCCAGGGAGCCGACUCCGCCGCCUCAGAGCCGGGCCCCACACAGCACUCCCCAUUACCUGCAGGGGCCCUCCUGACCCCGAGCAGGCGUUCGCUCAGCACAGAGACGGGGCCCCCCGCCUCGCCCACUGUAAUGGAGGACGGGGGAAGGGAUAAGGACAGGAUAGGGGUGGGGUCCAGGACUCUCUCCUUCAGCACUGAUCUCAGUAACCCGGGCCCCCGCCGGCGCCACCCUCGGGAUUCUGUGGCGUUCGAGGCCCGCAGACUCUUCCGGAAGUCCUACAUGGAGGCGCUGCAGAACCCCAUGAACUUGGGCUCCAGUUCUGAGUCCAUACUGGAGGAGGGGACUGAGCCUGGGGUAGGCACUGUCCCUCCACGGUCAGACUGCACCUCACCUGCAGGCAGUGCCUCAGACGCCCGUACCCCCAGGAGGGACCUGCUGCCCAGGAGGAUUGGCAACAAGGUUCUGCUGGGCGGUGAGGAGUCUCGAUCCAACACGCCCUUUCUCCCGCUGCAAUGGGGGCAUAAAAGCCCUGAGUUGAACAGGCCAGAGAGACGUUCCAAAUCCCUGGAGCGGACAAAUAAGACUGUGCAGGUCAAAGGUCACAGGGCCCGCUCUUCCUCAGGGGGCUCCCCCAGCGGGUCACCCAAGAAGAGCCAGAACGGCUGCUCUUUCAGGCUCGGGAAGCUGGAGGCAGAGAUGGGAAUACCAAGCUCAGACAGGAGGAGCAUCUUGAAAGAAGACUCAGGGCUACAUGACGGUGGAAAUGUCGCAGAUCACAGGCGGAACAGCCAAUCCGGUGAGGAGGCACAGUCCCCAAAGCCCACCAAUGGGUCCCCUAAAUUCAUGCCUGCUGCAUCAGCAGCGCCACCUGCUGACAGCACCCUGCACCUGCCCAGACUGGCAUCUGAGGUAGAGCAUGACCUGCUGGAAUCCGGUGCCUUUACCCUGCCAGGUAACAGAGACCGCACUGGGCGGGCAGUGCUGCAGGUGUGUACCCGCGGUCAGGUGUGGACCACAGAGCGCUGCACCGUCAGAGAGCUCACCAGCCUGCUCAGCUACUUCUACACCACGCUCCGAAAAGACAAACAAGAACAGGGUUUAACGGUCCUUGUGGAUGCACGCAAACAGCAACCCAGCCCAGCACUCUUUUCAUCCUUGUCAGAAGUCCAGCUUUUGCUACCAAAUGCACUUUACUCUGUUCUAAUGCUUGUGGACAAGGAAACAGCCUCCAGACCAGAGAGAGACUUCACAGUACAGUUUGAGAUCCUGCCUAAUCUGAAGGCCCUUCUGAAGCACAUCGAUGCCUCUCAGCUGACACGGGACCUGGAAGGAAGUUUCCACUAUGACCACAGUCGCUGGGUCCAGUUCAGACGGAAAAUCGAACCCUUCGCCCUCGGCUGCAGCAUGGCAGUGACUUCACUCCAGAACUCCAUCGCCACCCUGACAUCCCAGAGCAACCUGGACACCACCACGGAAGUGUCAGAGGCGAUCGAGCAGCAGAAGCGAUUAAUGAAGAAGGUUCUGGAUGACACGCAACUCAUCCACCUUCGACUGGAGGGCGGUACCGUGCUGGCCCGCAUCAGGAAGGAGGAACCCAGCGAGAAUGACAACUACAGGGAUGCAGUGGAUAUGGUGAGCUCACUGUACAACCAGGUUGACGAGGAAGUUCACAAGCUGGUCAUUCUGUCCAACAAGUCCCUGAAACAGUUGGAGAACCUCCUAGAAGUCCGCCGGUUUGACGAGGGAUGUGGCCAGAUAAAGCUGUGGUUCAGUGUUGAGGGAGCGAAGCACCUCUCUCCUCUGGACUCCCUCAGUCUCUCACUGAGCAUGCUCAGACAGAUGAGGGAGAGUCUGAGCCGGUGCCUGGAGGAGGCUGUGCAACACCAGAAACAGGGUCUUUGCCUGAUCCGGGAAUCCAAGGCUGUCCCAAACUCCUCUGUUUUGGACUUCAAACAGUACCUCACCUCCGUCCUGGAGCGCAUCGAGAGGCGCAAAAGUGAGCUGGACAUCCUGCUGAACUUGUACGAGUUCUAUGAUUCGGCGGAGCACUGGGCAGACCAUUGCCAGGACUACCUGCGGCAGCUGAACCUGGACAGCAGUGUGGGUGCCAGCCUCCCUCACACAGUGCUGCAGGUCCUGCAGGACUACCAGUGCGAGGCCGCCAAGUUUUCCCCUGAGAACUUUAGCUCUCUGAACGAGAUGGUCUUGAACCUGGGCAGCAGCCGCGAGCUGGAGCAGUGGAACUCCCUCUGGCACCGGUGCCAGCAGGCCCGCCGGCAGCUGGAGGAGGCCCUGGUCAUGGCUAAGGUGGCACAACCGUCGCCCGAGGACUUCAAACCCCCAGAGCCGCCUGCAGGUGAGCCGGGCCAGACUGCAGGACAGUCUGCAGGAGAGGGCUGCGUCCCCCCCUCAACCCUGGCUGCCCUGGACACCAGGCCCCCACCGGCCUUUGCGUACGAUGACACCAAGCCUCACUCCGCCGGGCCCUUCACCAAGACCCACCCCUCGGUUUCAACCUCCUCGCUCUUCCCCUUUCCCCCAGAGGGCGAUAAAUUGAGCCAGUGCCACUCCCUGUACGACGACACGGACAGCGACUGCACCAUCGACUCCUCCGCCUCCUGCCAGUCGGAGCCGGUGUACUCCCCGGCCACUCGGCACCGCAAGCAGCCGCUCAAAAAGAUGAUGAAGAAAACCAUGAGCUACGACCUGUCCCCCCGUGACGGUGGCCACCCCCACGAGCUCACCCUCCACGGGUACACGGGCGUUUACAUCAGGGGCCUGGAGGUGACCAACAACGUCUGCCUCGAGAAGAAGCUCCAGCGGCCGGACGCGAAGAGUCCCGCACUGAGCCGCAGUCGUAGCAUGUCCUCACCUCCCAGAAUGCACUGCAGGCAUUUAGAGGGAGAUCCCAAGAAGCAAAACAGCAAGGUUAAGCACAUCAUGGAAGAGAUGAUCGCCACGGAGAGGGAGUAUGUGAGGUCGCUGGGUUACAUCAUUGAGAAUUACUUCCCAGAGAUGGAGCGCCUGGACCUGCCGCAGGACCUGCGGGGCAAGCGCAGCAUCAUCUUUGGGAACGUGGAGAAGCUCUACGACUUCCACAGCCACUACUUCCUGAAGGAGCUGGAAAGCUCCGCCCACUCACCCCUGUCAAUCAGCAGCUGUUUCCUGCGACACGAAGACCAGUUUGGAAUGUAUGCCCUCUACAGCAAAAACAAGCCUCAGUCUGACAGUCUUCUUGCUAGCCAUGGUAACGACUUUUUCAAGAAUAAGCAGGUGGAGCUGGGUGACAAGAUGGACUUGGCCUCAUACCUACUGAAGCCCAUCCAGCGCAUGAGCAAGUAUGCUCUACUGCUGAAGGACCUGAUAAAAGAGUGCGGGCACACUCAAGAGCAGGAGCUCAGCGACCUGCGCACUGCAGAGGAGAUGGUCAAGUUUCAGCUGCGCCACGGCAACGACCUGCUGGCUAUGGAUGCCAUCCGUGGCUGUGAUGUGGACCUGAAGGAGCAGGGACAGCUCAGGUGUCAGGAUGAAUUCAUUGUCUGGUGUGGCCGCAGGAAAUACCUCCGUCACGUCUUCCUGUUCGAAGACCUCAUCCUCUUCAGCAAGACCAAAAAGAUUGAUGGGGGAUAUGACAUCUACAUCUACAAGCAGUCCUACAAGACAGCAGAGAUUGGGAUGACAGAGAAUGUUGGUGACAGCGGACUACGGUUCGAGAUCUGGUUCCGUCGCAGGAAGUCGCAGGACACCUUCAUUCUGCAGGCCACCUCCGGGGAGGUGAAGGCAUCCUGGACCGCCAUUAUUGGCAAGAUCCUGUGGAGGCAGGCCCUGAGGAACCGAGAGCUGCGUAUGCAGGAGAUGGUUUCCAUGGGGAUUGGCAACAAACCGUUCAUGGACAUCAAACCCAGCGAUGCUGCCAUCAGUGACCGGGCCAUCGAUUACAUCAUGAAAGGGUCAGAGUCCAGAACACGGGCCUCCAUUGCGGUGUCCUCGUUCGAUCACUCCACCCCUUUCAAGAGGCCCCACUCCACCAUCUCCAACAGUAGCACCUCCUCCUCCAGCAGUCAGUCCUCCUCGUCUCUCCUGGGUUCCCUCAACUUGCACCUGUACCCAUCUCCAACCCACCCACUGACCGGCUGCCCCUCCUUUGGACACUGGCCCUAUGACUGUAUAGAAGAGGAUGAGCUGGAGCAGGACAACAGCAGUCAGCCAUCCAUGAUCACCGAAGGCUCGGAGACUUCAUCACAGUGUACCUCAAGUGACAGCAUGACAGGCCUCAAUGGCCUCACAAUUCCCGCCCACACCACCAUCGCCAUGGAAACCUUCACCAAUGACGCUGCCACUUUCAUGUGUGCGUCUUCCUCUUCUUCGUCCCCUCAGCAAGUCAUUUCUCCGGCCCCAUUCCAGAAGGAGCAGGACCUCCAGCCCCAGAACAACAAGUUCAUCACAGCAAACAAGACAUCUCAUAUAACAUUAGGCCUCUCAACAGUGGUCUGACAAAGAGUUUAGCUCACUAUGAGUCCUGGGCCAAGGCUGCACUGGAUUGGAAGUGACAUUGGAGUCUCUGGUCACCAACUCUAGAGCCACUCAACUGUGCUUCUGAACUAACCUGAAGAGAUAUUGUGUGAGCCAGAUCAGUGUGGACUAAAUCUCUUGAGGAGCACUAAUCAUUGACACUAUAUCUGAGACACCCACGUUUUAUUGUUGUAUUUUAUAAUUAUGUUUUGUAAAUGUAAAAAAAAAAUUCUAUGCAGUACUAAAAAAGCACCGCAAAUGCUGGUACGUAAUAAAAUGUAUAUUGGUUUAGUUGACUAGAUCUGCAUCACUGUUUAUACCAUAGAUGAGUUUAUUACUUUUUUCUUUCAAAUGGAAAACACAGAAACAAAUUAUGGAUGGCAUGGAGAAAUGAAAUCUUUGUAAUAGGUUUAGCAGACAGCCUUACAGUUGUAUUCAGUGAAAUACAAGCAUCAUUCUUUGUAAUUUCAUAUUUUUAACACUAAUAAGUGAAUUGCUUGUUUGUACAGAUCAUUAAACAUCAUUAAAAUAAAAGACUAACUCUGA